GUAGAAUUGAAAGGAUAACAUCUGUUCAAGACACAAGUUCAGUGAAGGAACAAGAAACAUCUACAUCAUCAUUGUUCACGCUGUGAGUCAGUGAAGGACGAUGGCAUCUGUUUUCGAGCUGCUUCUAAACUCACUGAAGGAUCUCGGAAAAGAUGAGCUGAAGGCGUUUCAAUGGCACUUAAAGAAAAAUCAUAAAGAAAUAUCACAUUCUGAAAUGGAGGAAGCAGAUAGGUUUAAAACAGUGGAUAUAAUGGUGGACGUUUUUGGAGAAGAAGAAGCAGUGAAGAACACGGUGGAGAUCCUGAGGAAGAUGAACAAGAAUAAUCAGGCUAAGAAUCUGGAGAAAAAUCUCAAGCAAGAAACAGAGAGAAGCACUUCACCCUCCCCGCAUGGAACAUCUUCUUUAACUAACGUUCCACAUUCCCUUCAGCUCACUCUGGAUCCCAACACAGCAUAUAAACACCUCUGUCUGUCUGACAACAACAGAGAGGUUUCUUACACAAAGAAAGUCCAGUAUUAUAGUAAUCAUGCAGACAGAUUUGAUUAUUAUCACCAGGUGUUGUGUAGAGAGAAUGUGAGUGGACACUGUUACUGGGAGAUUGAAUGGAGUGGUGAUGGUGUGUAUGUAUCAGUGUCAUAUAACAGCAUCAGCAGGAAGGGAGUGGAAGAUGAGUGUGCGUUUGGACACAAUGAUAAAUCCUGGAGUUUGUACUGCUCUCCUGACAAAUACACAUUCAUACACAAUAACAUCUGGAAUGAUCUCCCUGUAAAGCCUAUGGGCUGUCGUAAAAUAAGAGUGAAUGUGGAUUACAGUGCAGGAACUCUGUCCUUCUACAGGGUCUCUGACACAAUGAGCCUCAUCCACACAAUCCAGACCACAUUCACUCAGCUGCUCUAUCCUGGAUUUUAUCUUGAUUUUAAAUCAUCAGUGAAAUUGUGUUAAUGAAUCGAAUAGAUUAUUGAGAGAAUCAGUAACAGUGAGAAAACAUUAAUACUGCAGCCGACCUUCUGUCACUGAAAUAGCAUGCCUGAAUAAAUGUGUGUAAUAAAUCCUCCUGU